GCCUCUGAGACUGAGCUGUGCAGUGCAACUCAGUUUUGGGAUUAAUCUUAUGCACAGAGAGCAUUUGAAGGUUUGGAGUGUGCUGUGGGUUUGGGAUGUACUGGAUGUAGGGAUUUGCAACACCAGAACUCAAUGCCCUUGGCAAAGUCAUGUCAUCAGGCAAAGUCUAGGAACUGAGCCCAGGACAGACUCGAGGAGCAGACUGGACUGGCCAUAGUGGACAUUUGGAGAUUGUAGCCUAGCAAUGGACAGCUGGACUCUCCAGGGGGACAGCUAUUCCUUCACACGCAGUUCUCCCCGCACCUUUUCCCUCUGCCAUCGUGACGGGACCCCUAACCACGUUGAAAUUUUUGACAUUAUUAACAUUCCUAAUCAGCGCACUGCUAUCUCCGAGACUACCUGCCUUUGUGACAUUUUUGGAGACAGCUGUGAGUCACCAUCUAUUCCAACCAGCUCUACUACUGGGGCUUGUGUCCUUUCCCAGGGGGAGUUGGAGGGUGUAGGUACUGCAUCACCUCUGGUUGAUGAUCUGAAUGACUCCUCAGAUUCUUACCACACAGCCCAAGGUUCCAGUGAAGGAGAAGAGCUUUUUGAAUAUUCAAGAGACAGGGUUCACAGCCUGAUUUUAGAACCAAAAAGCAGUUCUCCAUUGCCUCAUCUUCAUACAACUGGGGGAUCAUCUGAAAUCCUCAAUACUGAUUGUAGUGAGAGAAGUCCCUCUUCUGGACAUAACUGCCACAGGACUCUCAGUCCAGAGGGAAGCGUGUCACCCUUUGCUUCUUCCUCAGUUGGAGCAAGAAGUUCUCCAUCAUCACACAAUCAAAGACAAGUUCACACAGAAGCUGAAUCAAGGUGCGACACUCCAACAUCCAAAAACGGACAUAUCAACUCCUCACCAUCUUUAAAUCAAAGUACCUCCCCUGGAUCUAACUACAUUACCACUACAUCCUCCUCUGACUCUGUGUGCACGCAAUCUUUACCUGACUUCAGAAAAUCCCAAGUCUCACCUGAACCUAACAGCCUAUUGUUUUAUAAAAACAGAAGUCCCUCACCGGGGUAUACACCAAAAGAUUUUAGUCUAGAUUUUAUAACAUCAACUUUUCAACCACGAGUUUUACCUCAAACUAACUUAUCCUCAUCCAGUAGUACAGAUUUAUCGUCCCAGUCAAGAGAAACAUUGCUCUCUCCUGAGCUGAAGACUAGGUCUUACUCCCCUGACAUUGGUGCUUCAUCACCUUUUCCAGAGCUUAGAGGGAGGAUCUCUCUACCUGACCUCUUCAGCAGAAGCACUAUACCUGGUACAGUAGAUUCAUCCUGCACUCCUGAGUUGAACUCAGCUCUUUCCACUCCAGGAACAGACAGUACAACAGCUCCUGAGAGCAACAACACAAGGCUAUUAACUGGCCCUGGGAGGGCCACGCCAACACCUACCCCACAAUACACUCCUCCCUCACCUGUAGGUCCAUUAGCCCGAUCUUUGGAUUUUGAGGAGAGUCCUGUCUCACCUGGCACGCUCAGUACUUCAUCUUUGUCUGAGAUAAGAAGUCCCUCUCCUAGCCCCUCACCACAAAUAGCAGCUAUCCUGCCCCAAAGUCCCUCUUUUAGCUCCUCAACCCAAAUAGCAGAUAUUGUCUUGCCCAGACCUCCAUCUUCUAGCCAUUCACCUCAGCGAACAUCUGGUAUCCAACCCAAAACUCCCUCUUUGAGCCCCUCAACCCCAAUAUCAGAUAUUAUCGUACCCAAAUCUCCAUCUCCUAGCCCUUCCCCUCAACUAACAGCUAGUAUCCGACUCCAGACUCCCUCUUUGAGCCCUUCAACCUCAAUAUCAGAUAUUAUUGUACCCGUAUCUCCAUCUCCUAGCCCUUCCCCUCAACUAACAGCAAGUAUCCGACCCCAGACUCCCUCUUUGAGCCCCUCGACCCCAAUAUCAGAUAUUAUCUUACCCGGACCUCCAUCUCCUAGGCCUUCACUUCAACUAACAGCUAGUAUCCGACCCAAAACUCCCUCUUUGAGUCCCUCAACCUCAAUAUCAGAUAUUAUCGCACCUGGAACUCCAUCUCCUAGCAUCUCACCACAAAUAAUAGCUAAUAGCCUACCCCAAUCUCCCUCUUUUAGCCCCUCAAUUCCUAUAUCAGAUAUUAACUCACCCAGAACUCCACCUCUUAGUCCUUCACCUCACCUAACUGCGAGUGUCCUACCACAGACUGUCUUUUUUAGCCCCUCAACCAAAGUAACAGAUAUUAUCUUACCUGGAACUCCAUCUCCGAGCAUCUCACCACAAAUAACAGCUAAUAUCAUUCCCAAAACUCCCUCUUUAAGCCCCUCAUCCCAGAUAACAGAUAUCUUACACAGAACUCCAUCUUCUAGCCCUUCACCUCGAAUAACCAAUUUCACCCCACCCAGAACUCCCUCUCCUCAGUCCUCAACUCAGAUAAACCAAGAUUUUACAUCAUCCACUGAAUCCAGGGCUGAGGUGUCUUCAUCUUUGGGAAAUUAUAGUUCAUCCUCUUCACCUAACAUUAGAAAGAACUACUCUCCAAUAGAAUCCUGUCACGGUAACACCACACCAGAAAUCAGAAUUACAACAUCCUCACCUGAAGUCAGUAAGCAAGAGAAAUCAUCUGCAGUUGCAUUAACAACUGACUCUUUAGAUCAACACUCUGACUCAGGUUCAUCCCGAAGCCUCACAUCAUCCCCGCAUAUCACAAGAAUCUCAUACUCUAUCAUUCAACCUGAGGACCGAGACACAGCCCUAUUUCCUGAACUGUCCCGUUUCUCUGCCUCUGGACUGAAGAGGACAAGUACAUCACCUGAAGCAAGAAGCACUACCCCAAGCAGAGACAGCAGCAUACAAAGCAGCGUAGAAAAGUCCAUCUGCAGACCACAAGACUCAUCUCAUAUAACAGGCUUCUCAAGCUGUCUGCUGCCGCCUGAAGCAUCUGUCUUGCACAAAGUCGAAAUCCAAACACCUUCUCCUGUGCCAAGGCAUCAAAGUCCAUCUGACAGCUUCCAAAGUCCCUCACAUCAACACAAAAGUAGAGACCUAUCACCUGGUGCAUCAUCACCUGUUCAAAGGUAUCAUCAGCAUUCUCCAACAACCUUCUCCACAGAAUUUACCAACAGUUAUAGACCAUCAACUCUUCCUCUCUGUGACACAUCAGAGAUUGAGGAAGCUUCCCCUUUAACUGAUACUGCAGAAAUAGAUUCUACCACAAAUUUAGCAAAAGUCAAGUUGUCAACAUCAACUGAAUCACAUGAAGGAGACAAAUCUAUUGUAGCUGAAAAGAAAAGUAGUUUCCCAGUGGUGUCAGUUCCUUCACCCCAAUCGUCUUCGCCUUCUUUUGCUGACGAAAAAGUAUUUGCUAAUUCACAGACACAGCAAAGUGCAGAGAGAGACACGGCAUUGAUAACAACCCUUCAGAAAAACUCAACUUUAGCUUCCUUUUCUGAAGAGUAUAAUACUGACCCCAACUUUGUCCAAGAAGUCGCUCCGCUGAACAAUUUCCAUACUGAAACAGAAUCUGAAAAUCGCGUAGUCUUUGUUGAAGACAGAACCCCAAACAACUCACCUGCCUUCAAGGAUACGUCAAACCUAUCGGUACAGAGAGUAGACCCACAACCCCAGCUCAGUAUGUAUCCCUUAAACUCUGAUAUUAAAGAAAAUAGCAGCUUAUUAAAACCUGCAUGUACAUCUGAGCCUUUGAAACUACAGCCAUCAGCCAAAGUUACACAGGAAAACAGAGACAAAUCCAUGAAGGAGAUGGCUCACUAUAUAAACAGAAGAAAAAACCCCUCACCCCCACUCACCAGGUUUACACCUGUGCACAUUAUAGCCCCUGAAAAACCACACAGACAGUGGCAAAACAGACGCUGCAGCUCCCCUGAAAUUCUAGGAUCUUGUCAGCGUGAUAAUUUAAAGGAACUGGUGACAAAUAGGGAAAGCCCCAGUGUUGCCCCCAUUGACCGUAAUAGCCAGGCGGAGUGGGUCAGGCAGUGGAAGCAAUUGGAGAUGGAGAGAGAAAUGCAGCUGGAUGAAAAGAAAGUGAUAGGUAGAGAAAAGCAAAGCAGCAGAAACAGGGAGAGAGGGAGGAAGAGGGAGGAGCGGUCACCAGAAAAGAGGGCGGAGUGGCAGGAGGACACCAGUUACAGAGGGGAACAGGUUGAGCUGUCAUUCAACGCCAGGAAUAGAAGAGGCCCUGCGAGUCGACGUACAGCCCUCACAAGCAGCAACAACCACCACGGACUGCCAACAGCACAUUCCUCUACAGAGAGUUUGCUUCCAACCAGACAGCUCCAGCAACAACAGAAUUUGCCCAGAGCACAAAUUUUCCAGCAAGACAACAGGAGCGGUGGUCCUAACAGGCGACUUCAGCUUUCUGCACCCCAGAACAAGAGCAACACUUGUGGACGCGGGGCCACAAACAGGCCUGCCCGGAGUUCAAGCUCCAGCAUGGGAAGUGAGCUUGAUGACACGGACAAUGAAGUGAACUGGUUUACAGACGUGGCUUUCAGCAGCCUCUCGAGCUCUGAGGUAGAUUACCUUGAUGUUUACAACUCAAGCCAUCGUUCAUCAACCAACAUUUCUCAGCCAUCUACUCAAGAAAGCCCAGCUGGGGUGAAUGCCGCCUGGCUAGCCUACGCUGACUUCAGAGGUUCUGCUCAAAAGCUGGACAAUGAUGAUCUCCCAAUUCAGCAAGUGUCUACAUCCUACUCAGAUGAACUAGAUCCAUCAAAGGGCUAUGAGAUGGGCAGCUUUGAGUGUGUGGAUGUUGCUGUUGAAAGAGAAGACUGUAGGAAGGGGAAAAGAGGAGUGCCAAAAAGACAGAUCCAACUGAAGAGGAAGAAUAUUGUCGAAGUGAAGCAAGAUGAGACCAGUGACAGCAGUAGUCCUGGGAUUCCUGUCAUGGAGGAUAGAUCCUGCCUAGAAAGUCACUCAAGAGAGAGCUUUGUAAAACAACACUGUACACAAGUCUCCAUGCAAGACUGCUACCAUUCUGAGCCUGUGCCUGAUCGGCAAAGUGAUAGAGACUUUAGUCUCCAGAAAUGUGCUUCUGAAGAUGAGAUGUGCACAAAGACCAAGAUGGCCACGUGCUUCAUCAAGAGCGUCUUGUCCAAGAAGAUGCAAAGUGUUGACAUGGAACCUAAUGAUCAGGAAGAAGAGGAGACAACUGCUGCUUCAGUGGCGGAAAACCCACUAAGUGAGACAACAAUGACACGAAAUCACUCGGAUUAUAGUGUUUCAUCAGCAGUUUCAUCUGCUCUUGCAGUGAGAGGAGAUCCAAGAACAAAAAAUGAAGCUGGAACAAAGAAAAGCAACAGAGAGAAAUCCAGUGGCACACCACGUUCAAAUGAGAACAGCAGAAGUUUGAAUUUUUUACAGACUGACAGUGAAGAUACUGAAGCUCAACUCAGCAAUGCAACCUCAGUGCAACCCAAAGGGAUGUCAGAACCAAGACUGCCAUGUGACGGUCAAUGUCUCCUCUCAAACCAGGUCCCCAGAACUGGAGUAAAAGGAUCAGGUAACAGAAAACCAUGGGAGGAAAAUGAUGGAGGUGACUUUGCAAAUGCCGCUGUUGGGAACACAGGAGCUACUUUCUCCUCUGGAGCCGAAAGUCCUGAGAGCACAACAAUAACCACUGAGGACAACAGACAGCUGCAACAGAAUGAAACGAGGGUCGAUGUGUUAAAAAAACAAGAGAUUACCCUCAAACCAACUCCUGUCAUGGAGAAAAAGAAGUCUUCCCUCACUGUAUGUGUAACACCUGAGGCGCAAAAUAUGCCUGAGACACGGUGCAAAGUGGCUUCAUCAGAUGUUCCUUUCAUAGAAAAAGCAGAAAGAGUGGACACCAGUACAAGUGUGGAAACAGAGAAAGAAGGUAACGAAAACAAUAAAGUUAAGGCUCCCAUCCACAAAGUCAGGGAUGUUAGGCGGCUUGUAAAAAAUACAUAUAAUUUAUCCUUUAAAGCUACCAGUGACUUAAUGCAAUCAAAUGAGAAUGAAGAAAAGUCAGAAAAUGAACAUAAGAGGGAUGAAAUAACACAAGAAGGGAGGGAAGACAUCAUGGAAGGAGACGAGGGAGUUUUGAGACUUGAGAAUAAGCAAUAUCAAGGGGAUGACAUGUUCAGAGUGGAAAGUAAAGAGGAGGUGAAAGAUACAAAGCCUCAAACAUUAUUGGCACCUCUGCAGAGGGGGAUGCCUCUUUCUCGUCCCCAACCAAUGCAAAUAGAAUGCAGAGCUGUUUGCCUGAAAGAAAACAAAAACAAAGUGACACCUAGCAAGCCAGACUCACAACACCUGGAAGACAAAAUCAUAGAGGAAAGCCAAGAACCAGAGAAAGUCUGUAAUGCAAACACAGAGAACUCCACAACCGAGGAUGCAGAAGUUGUCAAGGCAUGUCACGAGGGUGUAAACAAGGAGGCAGAAGCAAAGGAGGCUGUAACAGAUACCCAUGAGGUACCAAAGAAGGACAAACCUGUGGUGGUUGGAAAAGAGAAAAAAACUCCCAUGCUCGGAACCAUUCCCAAACUCCCCAGUAAAGAAAGGGAGGUGUCCACUGCUGUGGUGUUGAUAAGGGACGCAUCCAGCAAAAUGUUAUGUCCACCUCAGGAGGACUUUCCCGCUCCACUCCCAGAUCCAGCUCCUUCAGCUUCACCCGGGCCCACUUCCCUCUGUAAUAUGUCUGGCAGCAGUAGCCACUCAGUUUCUAUGUUGUUAAAGGAGAAAGGCUACCAAGCUGACAUUGGAUCAGUGGUGGGAGAUGGCCAGAAUGCAUCGGGAGGUAAAGAACUCUCAGGGAAGCAUGUGAACUCUCUGGAGAUCCCCCUUCAAACCAACUCAUGUGCAGAUGGAGGUCAGUUUGAGUCACAAAGAGAAAAGGAAUUCUCCUCCUUGUCCACCACAUCUGGCCCCACAACAGUGCCUGACAACACAGACAUCUCUACAAAGACCAAAGAAGAGGAACCUGGAAUGAAGCCUACGGUACAAGACACCGCAAAGCAAAAAUAUUCAUCUCCAGUAAGGAAGGAGCAAACGCCACCUUUCACCAAACAAAAGGAGCUAUCAGAUUUUGAAGCAGUAAAAAGAAUAGAUCCAACUUUCCCUCCAAGAUCCCCCGCUAUACGUAAAUUCAGACCUCGGGCAAUUGAGGUUAAGUCCCUGUCUAAAGAAACGCAAAAAACUGAAAUGUCAACAAAUAACCCGGGGAACAAAAGACCCCAAAGCAUAGAAGUUAAAUCUGUCAUUAAAAAUGCUCAAAAGCCAGCUGUGCCACCCAAACCGAGUUCCAAAUAUAAACCUGCAGAUGUUGGAGCAAUGCCAAAUGAUGCACAGAGACCAUCAGUGCCAUCAUCAAACGUAAAACCUCAAGGUGAGGAAAGAAUGCAAACAAUUGUAGUGUCUUCACCAACAAUCUACAGAAAAAUACCCAGUGAGUCUGCUUCAACGUCAAAUUACACGCGAAAACUAGCUGUUUCCACAGUGUCCACCUGCAAACCCCCACCAAGUAAAUCUUCUGGAAAUCCCACUUCUGAUAUUUCAAACCAGUCAACAGCAUCAUCAGAGACAGAGGCAUCUAAUGACAAAGGUCAGCGGGAGCAGCGGGAGCAGCAGCAGCAGCAGCCCGAAGCCUCACUUGAGAGCUCUCAAUGUGAGUCAUCACCCCCAACCUUAGCAACAGCUUCAGCAGGGACUGAUUUAACCUUAGCUCCAGGUCCAACUUCUGACUUGACAUCAAAUCAAGUACCUGGAUCUUCCUCAGCUACAGUGAGCCAGAUAAGCCAUCCACCUGGUAUUGAUCAAAGUACCCAACAACAGAAUCCUAGUGUGGCAUACCCUCAUGAACAACCUGUGCUGGUGACGUCUAACAAUGCAAAGGAACCUGGUCCUGCAUCCACAACAUGUGCGCCGGGAUAUAUACCUGUACAGCAGCCAUACCACAGAUCUUUGUCCAGCGAGCACUCCCAAAGGACAGAUGAGCUGCAUUUCUAUGCCUCAGAUGAUCCACCGAGCUAUGACGAAAGAGAAAGUUUCAGUCCCCUCACACUGCCAGAUUUGACUUACAGGAGGUCACAUAGGUAUCAGCCCUCCACCCGCCGUCCUCCGUGUGCCUGCAACACUGGUCUCCCACCGCCUUCUCAUCAUCAUCGCAGCCCCCGCAACCUCACCUCGCCUGCACCUCCACACUCUCCAGGCCAUGUAAUACCUUACCCAGUAGCCCAUCUCCCUCUCCGGCCCCACCAAUGCAGGUCUGAUCCUCAGUCUUUAAGCUACCAUAAUAGCUCUCCUAAGUCUAACCCUCUUGGUCCAAGCCAACCACCAGGGGUGUACCAGCCAUCUACCUGCCCUCCCCACUCUUCACUAAUCCAGCCUUGCCAUCCUGACCGUCCAUUGCAACCACCCCAACAUAUGGACUCCCGGCGCCCCCUUCUCCACCAUUCACCCCAACAUCACCCCCCAGGUGUGGCUGGACCACCGUACAGUAACCCUGGUCAUACCCACUCUCCUAUCCUUUCUCCAAUGGAUCCCCAGUAUCUGUGUGGUUCCCAGAGCCUCGGGACAUCAUGUGGUUCUGAGUAUGGCGGUGAUAGUGCGAGCCUGUACUCGGAGAGUAGCUAUGGUCAGCCACCACGCAGAGUGCUUCUGGAUCCUGAGACUGGGAAGUAUUUUUACAUCGAGAUACCUGUGCAGCCACUGAGGAAAAUGUUGUUUGAUCCAGAGACUGGCCAGUAUGUGGAAGUUCUCAUUCCCCAACAGGCAAUGUCCCACUCAGGCCUGUAUCCUCCCUCAGCAGUGCCCUAUCCACCUCUCCACAACCACAACAUGUACACUUCCACUCCACAAUUCAUGCCAUAUGCUGCUCCCCCGCCCAUAGCCCACCCCCAGGCUCAGCCUCAGCCGCCCCGUUAUCCCGAGGCAUCUGCGUCAACAACAGUGCACUCAAGCGGUGCUGGAGUCACGUAUGGGACCCCACCUAGCCAGGGGUCAAGGCCAGAGCCCCAAAGCCAUCCACCACUGGACCAGAAUUACCUUGAGAAUAUGUAUUAUGUACCAACAGGGAUGAAUGCCAGCCCCAAUCCCACCCCACCAGACUAUUACCACAAACAUCCCCCCAGUCUACCCCCAACAAGGGGGAAAAGGUCCUGAAAUAGAGGACACAGACCGCCUUCCUGGAGCCUGUUGGGUUAAAAAUACACAGCAUAUAAAGCGGCUGUCUAAUGUUAGCCUGUAAUGUUAUUUGAGUUUUCAUGUUUCAAGUGAAGACAACAGUUCUUUGGAAGCUGUUAAUUUGCUGCUGCUUGCUCUGGAAUGGGCUGCUUUGAUCAAACAAUAUUAUAAUUCUGAAGUUCAUGUAUUAGGAAACACGAAGAAA